AUGCUAGCCAGAGACUCUCUGGGUUAGUCUUCGAGCCACGGUCGACGUUGGUCGGAUCGCUGCAGCUUCUCUAACAGCAGUUGUGCCAUCAUCCUACAGGAUAUAUACUUAUCAUAAGAGCAGUGCAGAUCGCCACAUCACGGGCUCAAUCCGAAAAAUCAUAAGUGUACUUCGAGCAGCAAAAUUAUUGAUCCACCGGGGACAAAGCCAUCUCAAGGGGUAUCAGCGCAUCUCGUGACCAAGGCCGAGCAGCGAGAAGUCAAAGUGCGAAUUCUAAGGGCAUAUUACGUAAUGUUUGUGUUUCUGCUGGAUAGUGUUGCCCGGUGAACUGUUUUGUUCCUGCUACCUAGUGGGAUUCUGUGCGGCGUUCGACCCUCCACCAGGUGUAUUCGGUAGCCGACAGGUUCCACAAAGAGUGUUCAUCAUCCAACCUUAUAAAGGAACUACAACAGUGCGUCUGCUGCGCAGCAUAAAAUGGAACCGAAGAUAUCACCCAGCGAUGCGUCAUAUGAGGGCCAGGAAUCCGAUUACGGCCAGCGGUUCAAUGAACUGCGUAAAAACAAUCAUCUAGUCGAUUGUUCCUUCCGUGUGGACGAUACUAUUUUCCAUUGUCAUAAGCUGAUUCUAUCGGCCGCUAGUCCCGUAUUCGAGGCGAUGUUUUACGGGGCACUAGCAGAGAAGCAGACGGUUAACAUUUCCGACAUUAAGCCGAGCGUGUUUGAGCGCAUGCUCGAGUAUAUCUACGCCGGUGCUAUCGAUUUCGGAAACAUGCAGAACAUCGAAGAGCUGCUUGAGCUGUACUACUGUGCCGAAAAGUAUAUGAUCAACAGUCUGCACAAGCAAUGCGUCAACUACUUCGGCAAGAACAUCAAACCAAAUAAUGUGCUGAAAAUACUGGACAUUGCCUACCGUAUGAAUCUGGACGAUAUUAUUUACUCGUGCAUGUGCGUGGUGCGGCAUUUUCUAUCGUCCGGCGUGAGCCUCAGUAACAUCAUACUCGAAAGCAAUCACCAUCUCUCGAAGGACUGUGUCGAUCUGAUCUUGGAGGAUAAAUAUGAAGUGAAAGAUAAUAUUAUCUGCCUAGUGCGUGCCUGGUGCAUCACGGAGUGUGAGCAAAACCGGCUCGAAAUCAGCAGAGAUAGCAUUAAAACGGUUCUGCAAGACAUUGAGCUGCCCGACUCGCUCAAAGAUACUAUCGUCGGCUGCAGUUUUACCUACUUUAAACCAAUUGCCGGUGAUAAAUGUGGUUGGAUACCAAUUCAGCGUACACACUAUAAGGCUGUCCGCCCGCUGAUCAUUGGCGACGAGAUGGAGUACGAGGUUAAUAUUAGCAGCAAUCGUUUCAUAGUCCUGAAGUCACUUUGCAUAAAUAGCCGUCUGUUGCCGCAGCUCAACGUGUUUGAUGUGAGACAAGAAACCUACACGGAAAAGCUGUCCGUAGAGAUUUCCACCAACUGUAGCAACAAUCGACAAACCAUUUAUCAGAAGGAACAUGUUAUCUGUGAUGUAGCGUUUAAUGGAAGCCUGCAAGUGAGUCUGUCCGAGCAAAUCGUCCUCUUUCCGGAUGUGGUUUACCUGGUGUGGCUGAAGUGGGACGCUAGCAGCAUAGGAUACGAGUAUCCUCGCGGUAUACUAUCGUCGUACGGGAAGCGCAAGCAGUUGCUGGUGAACUUUAACGAAAACAUGUAUAUUCAUUCAAGCGGCAGCGUUUUGAAUGGAAUCGUGUGUGAUCUUUACAAGUAAGAUGUGCCGGGGUGCUGAUCUCUCAGAUCUGGAUUUUCUUUUUCUUGGAAUAAAUACCCAUCCCUUCUCGUCUGAUACUCAUAA